ACUGAACACCCGUCUAUAACCGGACAACUACUGGUUGAUUUAUUUUGGGAAAAGAGAGGGAGAGUACCUGCACCUUUAUGUUAGCGGGCGAAUCCGAAAAUAUAAGCCAUGGCGACACUGUCGAGAAAGAACAGUAUUGAUUCUAUGAAGUUAUCAAUGGAGUUACAAAAACUGAACGCAAAACUUGAGGAUAGAAUUUCCGUGAUUGAGCACAAAAAGAGUGGGAUAAAUAUGACGAUAGCUUCUCAUGCAACACCCAUAUAUCUCCAGAGGAGGGGUAACAAAGACUAUCUAAAUUCCUUCGACAUUGUGCAAACCAACGACGAGCCUCGUUCCCGGGCAGCAAGUUUCGGAAAGGCGGAAUCGGUUCAAUCCCUGAGGAGAAAAAUCAAAGACUUGUCGACUCCUAGAGAUAAACCGGAAGACGAAUAUGCGCACUGUGUUGGUUCGCAUAUCUCAUCCACAAGAGGAAUUCAUAACUGUGAAACUUGCUCUGCCCUAAGUAGAAUUAAUCCAAGGGGGCGCCGUAUGUCACUUCCUGCGACUCUUGUUCACGUAAAACCAAUUAUGAAACUAAAAUGUGUGACAUCAAAUUCAAGUUCAUCCUCAAGUUUGAAUUCAUCUCGAGGAAACUUGACAGGGUCCAACAAGGUCCCGGAAACGUUUGAUACGGAAGAAAUCGACAUACAUCUGCGCAAAGUGAAACGCGAGCUUGGGAAGCGGAAACCAAAGUCAAUGUCAGAGUUACGUGCAGACAUGACGACGACUUAUCAGCACCGAAGGGAGUUGGAGCAGGUUGAAAAUGAGAUCAUCGAUGAUAUGAUGCGGUCUCUGGAUGACAAAUAUUACAAAGAACUAGAAGGAUGUCGGUAUCUCAGACAUCAUGGCAGUCUGACCAACAAGGUGUUGUCGGUGGAAGAGAUAUUCCAUCAGUCGUAAAUCCACAUCAAAAUCACACAUAUAUACAUGUACACUGUCAGCACAUGAUUUCAUAUCCCAAACGAUCUAAUCCAUUCAAAUGAUUGGAACAAAUUCUAGUGUCCAAAAGGGCAUUUCAAAAUGGUUUCGUCAACCUCUUUUCAUUCGGAAAACUUUAAACCAGUGUAAAGAAAAUAUGAAUUUAGCUGUUCAAGGAAAUUCAAUCGUAACGAAUUCCGAACAAGCAUGUUAUAUGACAUUCAGGUUUGCUUCGCCCUUCAAAUCAACAUUAUCGAAGGACGAUAAUUAAAAUCUGCCCUUAGAUCCAUACUAUCAACCAAAUGUAGGAGCAAUGAAAUGCUGCCCUCUGGUUUAUUCUACCUUAUCGUUGCCCGAUUCAGGUAUUUAUUAGCCAAGUGAUAUUCGCCGCAGACAUACUUCAUCACCCAUGAAUUUACGUUGAAGCAGUCUUGAAUCAGUCCUGAAUUCAUAUUGUCGAACAAAGGCAGACACCCCACCAGUGUUCAAUGUACCAUCCAGCAAUGCUUAUAUAUUUCAAUACGAUGUUCAAACUAACUACAUGUAGUUCUACGU